AUGUCUUCUGCCCCUGGAUCGGCUGGUGGUGCGCAAACGCCGCAGCCCCCUGCACAAAACACAAUUCCCGUGGCCCCUGCACCACUUGACCCAGCAAUUCGCGAAUUUGUCACACAAGAACUCUACAAGAGAUACAAAUUGAUUCGCGCCUCCAUGGAUUCGGGCAAUGAACCUGCAAAAUCGAAGGAUGCAUCCCUUCAAGAAGAUUGGGAAUCCCUACCAGAGCAUCUGAAGGCCUCCACAAGAGCACAAGCGGAUGAUAUUCCCAGAAAGCUCGAAUUAACUGGCUAUCGGAUGUCCAAAGCGAACGAUGAAACGAAGGAUGGACUCCAGCCUAUUGAGAAAUUUACACCAGAACAAUUGGAAUACCUUGGAGAAGUUGAACAUGACCGAUGGGUUUCUGAAAGAAUCAAGAGUGGGUGGCAAGCAGCAGGGAAACGUGACUCUUCUGCCCAAAAGACGCCGUUUUUCACGCCGUAUGCAGAACUAGAGCAGAAAUGGAAAGAUGUAGAUAAAUUUAUGGUGGAGGGGAUUUUCGAGAUUCUAGGGUUGGCAGGGUAUAGGGUUUUCAGCAAGAACUAA